AUGUCAACUUCGACUAGUGAAAGUGAGGUAGAGAAAACUGAUAGUGAAGAUAGUAAAAAUGAGUCAAUAGACGAAACAUUUAAUAAUGAAUCAGAAGAAAGUGAUAAUAGUGUGCAGGAAGAUGAAGAAGAAUUUAAUGAUGAAAAGAUGGUGGAAGAUAGCAUGGAACUAUCAAAUAAUAAGAAGCAAGAUGUUCCCAAAGCACGACGGAAAGAACAAUCUUCUCAAGAAAAUAAAAUAACUAAAGAUCCUGAACCGAUACCAUUAUUGUCACGUCCGAACGCUGCAAAUCAGUUUCGUGAUUAUUAUAUGUCACAAAUUACUAAAGCUUUUGGUGAAGAUUUAGAUAAAAUUCGAAAGGAACAAAAUCUUGAUUCUAAUCGAUUAGAAAUAUUAAUUGAUUCAUUAGAAUCUGGUAUUAAUAUUUUCUCGGAUGUUGAAAAAGAGUUGGCUUUAUUAUCUUAUAACAAUAAAUAA